UAAAGUCCCCCCUCCUGUGCGCUCUCGCUCGCUCGCUCGCUCCCCGGGCGAGCAUCAGAUGACAGCUCCACACCGAGGGAGGGCAAAGCAAGCUGCUUGGCCACCAGCAGACAGUAUCUGAUUCGGGGAUCCGCAGCAGGCAGCUCCUGUACAGCGAGAAAGGGAUCGUCGCUCCACAGGCGGAGAGCCGGAGUGGAGCGAGCUGCGAGUUCGGGACCCGCGAGCCUGCGGAGAGGGAGCCCCAACUCAGCAGCCCCAGGGGCGCAGCGGAGAGCGGCUUCGUCUCCCGUGCGCGCUCUCUUCUCCAAACCUGAGGAGGGAAUUGGCGCGGAAGAAGACCCGCCAGGGGAGAUCCUCCGCAGGAAAGGAGGGCUUGAGCCCCACUAGGGACUUGCAGACGGACACCGCCACGAAGGCCGGAUCCAGCGGCGCCCAAGGAUGCUGCUGCUGCCGCUGUGGCUGCUGCUGCCGGAGCUGGCGCUCCUCGCGCCGGCUCAGAAGUUCUCUGCGCUCACGUUUUUAAGAGUGGAGCAAGACAAGGACAAAGAAUGCAGCCUGGAAUGCACGGGAUCCCCCCAAAAGUCGCUGUGCGCUUCAGAUGGCAGGACUUUCCUGUCCCGGUGUGAAUUCCAACGGGCAAAAUGCAAAGACCCUCAACUAGAAAUCUCCCACAAGGGCAACUGCAAAGAUCUUUCAAGAUGUGUGGCAGAGAGGAAGUACACUCAGGAACAAGCACGCAAGGAGUUCCAGCAAGUGUUUAUUCCAGAAUGCAACGAUGAUGGCACUUACAGCCAGGUUCAGUGCCACAGCUACACAGGCUACUGUUGGUGUGUCACUUCCAAUGGUCGUCCCAUCAGUGGUACAGCCGUAGCACAUAAAACUCCACGUUGCCCAGGUUCCCUAAAUGAGAAGCUGCCACAACGUGAAGGUACAGGAAAAACAGUCUCCUUGCAAAUCUUUUCCAUUCUGAAUUCAGAUGAUGCUUCAGCUCCUGCACUGGAGACUCAGCCCCAAGGUGAUGAAGAAGAUAUAGCUUCUCGAUACCCUACAUUAUGGACUGAGCAAGUAAAGAGCCGACAGAAUAAGACCAAUAAAAAUUCUGCAGCGGCAUCAUGUGAUCAAGAACUUCAGUCAGCAUUAGAAGAAGCUAAACAACCUCAGAAAGACAACGUGUUCAUUCCAGAGUGUGCAAGUGGUGGUCUUUACAAGCCAGUGCAGUGCCACCCUUCCACAGGUUACUGCUGGUGUGUUCUUGUUGAUACAGGACGCCCCAUACCUGGUACAUCAACAAGAUAUGAGCAACCCAAAUGUGAUAACAGUGCCAGAGCUCAUCCAAGCAAAACAAAAGAUUUGUUCAAAGGGCGCCAGCUUCAAGGUUGUCCAGGACCCAAAAAGAAUGAGUUCUUGACAAGUGUUUUGGAUGCACUCUCCACAGACAUGGUGCAUGCUGUCUCUGAUCCUUCCAGCAGGCUUUCAGAACCAGAUCCUAAUCACACUCUGGAGGAAAGAGUUGUCCACUGGUAUUUUAAACAACUGGAUAAGAAUGCUAGUGGUGAUAUCGGCAAAAAAGAAAUCAAGCCGUUUAAGAGAUUCCUGAGGAAAAAGUCCAAGCCCAAGAAAUGUGUGAAAAAGUUUGUGGAAUACUGUGACGUGAAUAAUGACAAAUCCUUAACGGUCCCAGAACUAAUGGGUUGCCUGGGGGUUACGAAGGAAGAUAACAAGGCGGACACAAAGAAACGUCAUACUCCAAAAAAUAAUGGUGAAAGUACUCCUUCCAACAGGCAGCAAACCUCAAAGAAACAAGGCUGAACACUUCAUGUCCAAGGCAGAUCUUUCAGAUGCAUGGGAGACUCCCUCACCAAAAGGCAAUUAAAA